GUAGAAGUGCUGGCUAACGGACGCCCUGCUUCCUAUUUCGACUAUUUCGAUGGGCCACCAGAACUCGAUUUCACCUACCAUGACGGCCAAACCAAUAGAAAAUGCAAUCCAUCAGUCGAAUGCUGUCUCGUGAAGCAUUACGUGAACUUCACCGAAAUCGCAAUCGAGUUUCAGGGAUGGGACAAAUUUAUUCAAUACCCAGUUGGUUUCUAUGCUAAUUAUUGCAUAGGGCCUCCCCACCUGAAGUGCCCACAUGAAAAUCCAGAAGUUGAAUACAUACUCAGCACGGCACGGACUCAAUCGGAGCUGCCACUGAAGCCGUUCGCCUGUGCUCCACGCAGCUUCGCACCACUUCGGAUUCUCUACACGGUUGGACCAAAUCACUCGAUGAGUCUUCUUCUGCAUGACAUGAUCGCUCUCUCAUGCUCAUGUAUCUCUUAA